ACUAAAAUGUUAACUGCUGUCUUUUCUUUAAUGUAUAUAUCUUAGUGAAGAUAUAGAACUAAUUACACACAUUUUAGUAAAUCAGUAGGACCACUCCAUGUGCACUUAAGAUGCAUUUUUGCUUUGAUUGUGUACAGGUGGAUGGAUGAAUCAAUGUAAUCAUAUAAAAUGUAUAUUAUGUUAAAAGACAAGUCUAUAAAUAGCUUAUUCAUCAUACCCACCACCCCAUUCAACUCUAUAAAUAGCUCCCACAAUUCGCAUAUACACAGAACUAAUUUCUGCAGACACCACACAACAGGAAGAUUUCAGCAAUUUAAUAUUCUCUUUGAUUACUGAACAUGUUCAUCUUUAUCUUAAUUGAAACUUACAGCUACAAUUACAUAUGUAAAGAGAUAAAAUAGUUGUACUUGUGAUUGUUACAAAUAACAUUCAUUUAUUGCUUGCAAACUAAACAUCCCCAAGUUCAUGAAUUGGAGAAUGAUUGCUAAGAGUUAUGGUUGAUUCAUCUUAAGCAAUUACUUGUAUUCUAUUCUAAAAAAUUCGAGCCUAUCCAAUAUACUUCUACAUAAGAUACAAUUAAGUAGAUAUUUAGAUCAUUAAUCGCGAUCAAAUUUGUGUUUCAUUAAGCAAUAUUGAUAAUAAAGUAGGUAUUUCUCAUAUUUAAAUUGAUUUUGCUUAAAUCGUACGGCAUCAGAAGUGUGUCAGUCUUUUUUGACCUCUCACAUCCGUUGGAUUGUUAUUGACGUGCAAACGUGGACGAUUGAUUGAAUAGGAAAAUUAAGUAUUUGGGAUUAAAAAUUGGGAGGAAUUAAUCGUCUGAUGAAAACUGGAAAGGAAAGGAAGAAAAUAAUUGGAAAUUUGGAGUCGCCGACCCUUUUCAUCGUCGGGUCAAAGACGUAACCCCCGAAGUCGUCGUCUUCUCUCUUCCCCAAAAGCCACCACCGAGAAGAGAGGAGGAGGCGGUCGGAGAGAUGGGCGCAUCGGAUGCGGGUUGCGGCGAUCUCCCUCCCGUUCUCUCCUCCUUCGUCGACGCCUUCGUCGACUUCUCCGUCUCCGGCCUCUUCUUCCCCCCCAACCCUACCCCUAGCCCCGCCCCCGCCGCCACACGCAUUCCCGCCCCUGCCCGUCUCGUGGCGAUCGGUGACUUCCACGGCGACCUCCCCAAGGCCCUCCAGGCUCUCUCGCUCGCCGGCCUCGCUGACCCCUCGUCCGCCCGCUGGACUGGCGGCGCCGCCGUCGCCGUCCAGGUCGGCGACGUCCUCGACCGCGGCGGCGACGAACUCCGUCUUCUCUACCUCCUCCACCGCCUCAAGCUUGACGCUGCCGCCGCCGGCGGCUCCCUCCUCACCCUCCACGGCAACCACGAGGUCAUGAACGCCGACGGCGACUUCCGCUACGUCACCCGUGCCGGCCUCGAGGAGUUCAGGGGCUGGGCUUUCUGGUACCGUUCCGGCCUCGCCAUGAAGCGCCUCUGCAGCGGCCUCGACCCCCCGGGGGACCCCUUCAGGGGCGUCCCCAAAUCCUUCCCCGGGGUCAAGGAGGAGUUCUGGGAAGGGUUCCGCGCCCGCAUCGCCGCCUUACGGCCGAACGGCCCGAUCGCGUCACGAUUCCUCGCCGGCAACCAGACCGUCCUGCUGGUCGGUGACUCGCUGUUCGUCCAUGGCGGGCUUCUCCAGCAGCACAUCGAUCACGGGCUGGAAAGGAUCAACCAAGAAGUCAAAGACUGGAUAAUGGGGCUCAGCGGGAGGCGAUCGCCGUCCUACCUGAGAGGGCGGGACUCAGUGGUGUGGCUGCGGAGGUUCUCGGACGGACCAAAUUGCGACUGCGGGCAACUCGAGGAGGUGCUCUCGAUGAUCCCGGGCGCAAGGAGGAUGGUGAUGGGGCACACCAUACAGGACGAGGGAAUCAACGGGGUGUGCGAGGACAAGGCGAUCCGGAUCGACGUGGGGUUGUCGAAGGGGUGCACAAACGGGCUGCCGGAGGUGUUGGAGAUCAACGCCGGCGACCAUCCGAGGAUCUUGACAUCGAAUCCACUGUCGGACGAUCGUUGGAAGCAAGUGGUUAAGGAGCAGGUGAAGGAAGGGCUUGCCAUUUUGGUCCCGGAGAUUAGAUUGAAGGAAGUGGAGACCAAAGGUUAGAAUUUGCUUGGAAAAGUCCAGUCUUUUGGUAAGACAGGAUGGUAAAAGGACUGCAAUGGAUAUGUAUCUAUCUAUCUAUCUAUCUAUUCAUCGAGCUCAUUGGAAGAUUGAUGUAGGAGUUUAAUAUUGAUGUGGCAAAGACCUUGCUAUAUUUGGCUAUGAAGGUUAGAUUUGCACAUCAUUCGUUCUUUCUGCAGUAGGAUUUCAGCAGAUGAUGGAGAAUGGAAUUUGGAUGAAAAGUGCAGCCUGAGAUUUGAUAUUGGAAAUUGAAUUAGAUGUGUUAAAGCACCGCUAAUUGCAAUGAUUGUUAUUCACUUGCCUAUUUGAUAUGAUGAUGAUGAUGAUAAUAGUUUAAAGCAUACUUAUUUUGUUCAUUUUCCAUUGUGUAGUGAAUGUUUGCUGUGUUGGAAAUGGAAUUGGAUGUUUUAUUC